AUAUUGUAACAAUGAGUUGCCCUUAGGAUUAAGCAACAAUUUGCAUUUUUUUCGCAUUGUGACUGAAGUGACACCAUCUUCACAUUCAUUGCAACAUGUUCAAGAUGUGAAUUCAGUUGAAACCAGCAGAUCACAGACUUUCCAACAUUGUGGUUGUUGAAGUCGGGCCCUCCAAGCAGCUGCUGUGUCAGUCUCUCUGGAUGAAGAUGGAGCACUCCACCCUGUGGGUCCUCCAGACUCUGCUGGUGCUCCUGUCUCCUGUGGUGUCCACUCCCUGCCCCCGGCCCUGCUCCUGCCCUCAGCCUGCUGAGCUCCACUGCACGUUCCGCUCCCUCCUCACCGUCCCAGCAGCGGUACCCAAGCACGUGAAGCGCAUAAACUUGGGGUUCAACAGCAUUUAUAAAAUAAGUGACACUUCACUGUCUGGGCUGGGGAAGCUGGAGCUGCUGAUGGUCCAUGGGAACAACAUUCACUCUCUGCCUGAUGGAGCGUUCAGGGACCUGGCAUCACUUCAGAUGCUGAAGAUGAGCUACAACAAGCUGAAGGAAAUCAACAGGCACACUCUCCAGGGGCUGUGGUCUGUGACCAGGUUGCACUUGGAUCACAACCAGAUAGAACUCAUCCAUCCGGACGCCUUCCAGGGACUCACUUCCUUACGCUUUCUGCAGCUGGAGGGAAACCAGCUUCAACAACUGCAUCCUGCCACCUUCACCACCUUCACUCUGAUGGGCCAGUUCUACAUCUCUACCCUGCGACACCUCUACCUAUCUGACAAUGCACUCACAUCCCUCCCCUUCCAGCUGGUGGAGACCAUACCACAGCUUGAGAACCUGUACCUCCAUGGGAACCCCUGGACCUGUGACUGCAGUAUGAGUUGGUUGCAUGACUGGGAAAAAACUUCACCAGGUCAGAUUAUAAUUAUUGUUAUUAUUCUUAGGGUUAGGUCCAGUAGACUCUGUUUGAUUGGGGACUGAAACUGCAACACUUGUUACAUUUUCAUCUUGUGUGGUUCGCUUUUUCACACUGCACUGUGUCAAACAAGCCAAGACCCUUGUAGACCCUAAUCACACUCUCACCGGUGGAGAUGCUCCACCAAGAAAUACUGAAGGAAACAACAUGAAAACUCUGAAGACACUGAGCGCAACUUCCUCUUUCGCAAAAUGUAAACAAAAUGGAGUGGCGUCAGAUUUUAGUGUUUGUUGGAUUUCUCCUUUGCUUUUGGUAAUAAACUACAAGCCAUUUGUCCUGUUA